CGGUCAAGUUCAACGCUUUUCUAUUUCGUAAAAUAAAUAAAUAAACAAAUAAUAAUAAAAAAAAUAAUAAUAAUAAUGGCAAAAAUUCACCCAGGCAUCUUUUAAGGCACCUAUAGCGACUGACAGGGGUCUUUCCUGCUGACAGUAUGGCUACCUUCAGCAGAGGAAGGCAGAGGAUAAAAGCUCUCUGCUGCUUUAGGACUUUAAUAUGUACAAGAAACUUUACAGCAGGUAAAAUUGAUUAUGAUCUGGUGGUCAUUGGUGGAGGCUCCGGAGGGUUGGCAUGUUCAAAAGAAGCUGCCCAAUUAGGGCAGAGAGUUGCUGUCUUGGACUAUGUCGAACCUUCACUAAAAGGCACGAAGUGGGGUCUUGGCGGCACGUGUGUGAAUGUCGGCUGUAUUCCAAAGAAGCUUAUGCAUCAGGCGGCACUGCUUGGCACUGCUGUCAAAGAUGCUAGGAAGUAUGGCUGGCAAAUCCCAGAAUCCCUGUCACAUGACUGGUCCACAAUGGCUGAGGCUGUCCAGAACCAUGUGAAGUCUUUGAACUGGGGUCACAGAGUUCAACUACAAGACAAGAAGGUGAAAUAUUUGAAUAUGAAGGGCAGUCUGGUGGAUACACACACUAUCAGAGCUGUAAAUGCCAAAGGGAAAGAGAUGACAGUGACCGCCAAAAACAUUGUGUUAGCUACUGGUGGACGGCCGAAGUACCCUACACAUGUCCCAGGAGCCAUGGAGUUCGGGAUCACAAGUGAUGAUGUCUUCUGGCUCAAAGAGUCUCCCAAAAAAACGUUGGUUGUUGGUGCCAGUUAUGUAGCAUUGGAAUGUGCCGGCUUUCUUACAGGCAUUGGACUGGACACCACUGUGAUGGUGCGCAGUAUCGCCCUCCGCGGGUUUGAUCAGCAAAUGUCUGGUUUAGUCACAGACUAUAUGGAGGCCUAUGGCACCAAGUUCUCCUGGAAGUGUACACCAAAAAGCAUAGAAAAGCUCCCGUCUGGGCUUCUUCGGGUCACAUGGAUGGAUCUAAACACUAAAGAGGAACAUCAAGACACCUUCAACUCAGUACUGUGGGCUGUAGGCAGAGCUUCUGAAACCAAGACCCUAAAUUUGGAGAAGGUUGGCGUCGAGAUCAACAAAGAAACGGGGAAGAUAAUCGUAGCCACUGACGAAGCCACAUCCAUGCCGAACAUUUUCGCUAUCGGAGACAUCGCUGAGGGUCGUCCUGAGUUGACCCCGACAGCCAUUAAGGCUGGAAAGCUCCUGGCCCGCAGACUGGUGGGCCAUUCCACUGAGCUCAUGAACUAUGACAAUGUGGCCACUACAGUGUUCACUCCACUAGAAUAUGGCUGUGUAGGUCUGUCUGAAGAAGAGGCUGAAAGGAGACAUGGAAAAGACCAGAUUGAGGUGUACCAUGCCUUCUACAAACCCCUGGAGUUCACCGUAGCUGAGAGAGAUGCCACUCAGUGCUAUAUCAAGGUGGUUUGUCUACGGGAGGGUGAUCAGCGUGUGCUGGGUAUGCAUUUUACCGGACCGAACGCUGGUGAGGUCACACAGGGCUUUUCUCUGGGCUUCCAGUGUGGGCUUACCUACGAACACCUCAGGAAUACGGUCCGGACACACCCCACCUGUGCCGAGGAGCUUGUCAAACUCAACAUCACUAAACGCUCGGGUCUCGACGCCACAGUAACAGGCUGCUGAGGUUAAGCAUCCCCUCCCUGAUCGCACGAGCACAUGGGAACCAAUAUAAGGGUAGUGAUAAUGUGAGUUAGCAGCCGCAGGAAGCAUCUCAUGAAAAUUCAGGAAAUCUGUCUCAGUUUUUACGUAAAAACCACAGAACCAGAUCUAUUUCGGUGUAAUAUAUGACAUUUAAAAUAAUAAUUCUGGGGGUCAGUACUAACAAGUAUGUCCUCCGUUGCCACCGUGAUGUAUUGUUUUUAAACCAAGUCCAGGAGAGUUCAGCUAGCUUUUUACCACAGGUCAAGAUAAUCCAAUAAAGUCCUCAUGAUUGCUCUCCAGAAUAAGAACACAGAUCCAGGUUAGAGCAACACGAACCGCAAGCGCCUCUGCGAACAGAUAAACACGGCCAUAAAUCAGGAUUAAGGCCCCAUUACAGUUUGCUGAAAUGAGAAACGUUGGAGAAAGUGGCCUAAUGUUUCUGAAAUAUAUUCUGCAAAUAUUGUUGUUUCUCUGGCUGUACUUCCUGUCCAUUAGUCAUGCGCCGCUCCUGACACUGAUGGAUGGGAUAGGCCCGUCACUGCGCUGACACCACCCCAUUUCCCAGGGAAGUAGACAAACACUCGGUGAGCUGCGUGUCACUCAAACACAGAACCUGGUCGUGGACAGAGUGAGCGCUUGUUUAGUCCUGGACUUCAGGAGGUUCCCCAGUGCACAGCGGGAGCAGAGAGUACACAGUACAAUAACAUACUCUCCUGCCCCUGAUCUCUCUGGGUAAAACCUGAAAGUCCAAAGGAGGCAUCAGUACCGCUGGCUACCUAAAGGUGGCAGUGUUAGCUUCCUUUUCCCCCUGUUCUUCACUCACACAUGUGAGGAUAAAAAUCUCUGAGCUGUGUAGUCAUUAUGAAUUCAAGUCACAGUUAAUCACUGGCAGAAUGUUAAGAUUAAUUGAACACUUACUGGGCAUUUGUCGCUCCAUAGGUUUAGCUUAUCUGUUGUUUGUGUACUUGGCUAAUAGCUUUGGCCCACGGUGCUGCCGCCCGCUUUGAGGGAAGUUAAACUGCAACUAUUCCCAAAAGUUCAAUUCAUUUUAUGACAGGAAAUCUGUGACAUCUGUGUACUUUCAAACCAGAUAACGUAUGAAAAGCAUAUGUGCAUUUUGAAAUACAUUGAUAUGCAAGUGCAAUUGUAAUUAAACAUUUUUCAGAGCUCUGAAAGGGAUAGUUCAGCCAAUAAUGAAGAUUCUUUUAUUAUUUACUCAUUCUUAUGUCAGUCCAAUCCUUUAUAUUGUUCUUUAUUCAUAAGAAAACUGAUGAAGGCAUUUUGAAUUGUAUUGGUUGCUCUUUUGUCCAUUUAAUUAUAAUAGAGACAAGCCGAAACAUCAUAAAAGUGAUCCAUCUGACGUGUGCAUUGUAUUCCUUGAAUUGUGAAGUCAUAUGAUUGGUUUGUGUUAGGAACAGAAUGAAAUUGUGUUGUUUUUGACUGCAAAUAUUCCAUCUUAGCUCUCUUUGCUGUGUUCAUGAGAAGAGAAUAGUUGCGGUGCCCAGUUUCAUAAACGAGUCAUUGAGUCUUAUUGAGUCAAUAAUUCAGUUCAUCCACAAAGCAUGUCUGCAUGUUUCUUUCACAAAUUUGACUGAUCUGUUUUGUUUUGUUUUUUAGUUCAAAAUCAAUAACCAAUAAGUGUAUAACAGCUUAAAGUUCUCUGUUCCUCACACAAACUAUCAAAUGACUUCAAAAGACUUGGAAUACAGCGCAUGAGUCGCAUGAGCCACAUUUAUGAUUCUGUAAUGGUUAUUUGAUAUCAUAUUUUACAGCUUGAAUGUUUCAGUCCAGUUCACUGUAGCAUGGAAAAGAGCAACCAGAAUAAUUGUUUCAUGCAAGCCUUUACACAGAAGAAAUACAGGUUUGGAAGAACAUAAGGGGUGAGUAAAUAAUGGCAGAAUUUUCAUUUUUGGACAAAAUAUGCUUUUAGUGGUUUAAUAAUAAAGUUGAAAUUGGAAAAAGUUCUGUAGUUAUACAUGAUGCAUGUGAAACAAAUAUGUGAUCACAUUUAGAAACACUGUUUUAAUGGCCCAUAGUUCACCCAAAAAAUGCAAAUUCUGUCAUCAUGUACUCACCCGAUGUCAUUCCAAACCUGUAAGAGUUUAUUUUGUUUGCUGAACACAAAAUAAGAAAUU